GGGGGGUGUCUGCGGGGAUCAUGGGGGAUCCCAUGGUGAGCUCUUCCACGGGAGCGAUGAACUCCCUCCUCGAUAAGCUGGGAGUACUGGAGAACCAGUAUCCCGACCUCGCUGAAGGUGUGCGAAUGAGCCUAAGCGAUGUCUUGCACAGCUUUGCUAGGCAGAGGACGAGGAACUCCCUCAUCAACGAGUGGAUGCUGCAAGUCCGGGAGAUGGUGUACGACAUGGAGGACUGGAUCGACGGCGAUCCCUCCAAGGCCAAGCUGGACGAUGUGGAGGAACAAAUCGAAGAAUUCAAGGCCCAGAUCCAAGGUGCACGGGACCGCUGCACAAGGUAUGGCCUUCUCAGCAGCACAACGCCUAGUACUAGUACUACUUGUGCACUACAAGAUGAUGCUGAAACCAGAGAAUCAGUUGCCAUGGAUCCUAAACUGCUCCAUGGGGAGGCGCCUUGCCGCCUUGUGGGCAGCGAUGAACCAAGGAAUGUUCUUGUUAACCACCUGAUGGACCAAGAAGAGCGGCGUAAGGUGGUGUGCAUCGUGGGAACCGGAGGAAUUGGCAAGUCAACUCUUGCCACGGGAAUAUACCGACAGCUCCAAGGGCAGUUCAGCUGCGGGGCUUUCGUGCAUCUCGGCCGGAACCCGUCUGUGAAGACGACCCUGAUCAGUAUACUCAAGCAAGUAAUGCAGGACUGGCACUGCGAAGAGUAUUUAUGGAACGGCUACAACUCUGAGGACAUGGAAGCAUGGGACGAGAAGAAGGUCAUCAAUAAACUCUGGGCAUUCUUAAAAACAAAGAGUUAUUUUGUUGUGCUCGUGGACAUGCGGAGCAUAUCGACUUGGAAGAAGAUCAGUUGUGCUUUGCCUAAUAAAGACAAGUCUUCUGAUAGGAUAUUGAUUACAACUUGUACCAAGGAUGUAGCAGAAUCAUGUUGCAUACAUCCCAGUGAUUUUGUUCAUCCGAUGGAGCGCCUUAGCGAGAAAGAUUCCAAAACAUUAUUUCAUAGUAAAGUACCUAUUUCAGAACAACAUAGGCUGCUUGAAGUUUCUGAUGACAUGUUGGAAAUGUGUGGUGGCGGCGUGCCAUUGGCCAUAACUAUUACAGCUGCAUUAUUAUCUAGGAAAUCUGCAUGCUUGCCACCUGACCAAUGUCAUUCCACACCACAAUGGAUGAGAAAGGUACUGGAGAUCAGCUAUGAUGAUCUACCACUUCCUUUGAAGUCUUGUUUUCUGUACUUGAGUGCUUUUCCUGGAAAUCGUACCAUCAAGAAAGAUAGUUUGAUAAGAAGAUGGGAAGCUGAAGGAUUAAUUGCUAAAAGAGAUGGAGAAAGCUUGUGGGAAACAGGGGAAAGCUACUUCAAUGAGCUUAUCAAUAGGAGACUGAUUCAACCGGCAUUUGAUGAUGAUAAUGAUGAGCCGACGGGUUGUACUGUUCAUGGUGUUGUUCUUGAUUUCAUGGAAUCCUUGUCAGCCGAAGAAAACUUUACUACUAAAGGUGGAAAGUUGAAGUGUGGACUAUUUCCUUAUGAAAGGGUCCGGCGAAUCUGCCUUGACUGCGGCGAACAAGACGAAGGUGACGCCUUGCUUAGCAGUAAAUAUUAUUGUUCUUCGAAACAAAAGAGUCGGGAGGAGGACUCAAGCAGUGAAGAAAGCUCAGUUUGUGACCAAGACAAAGCAAUUUCUUUGCACCUAUCUCAGGUGAGAUCCUUUGCAUUCUGUGGGGAUGUUGGAAGGAUCCCUGAUCUUUUAGAUCACUUCAGACUUGUACGGGUGCUAGAUCUCAGUGAUGUCAGCUUGCAAAACAAACAACUGGGAAGCAUUGGAAGUUUGUCUCUGCUGAGGUACUUGGCACUUGGCGGGGCCGAUGUCACAGAGCUGCCUCAACAAAUUAUGGAACUUGACCACCUGUCUACCUUAGAUUUAAGGCAGACUGAGGUAAAUGAAUUACCAGAAUUUAAGGGCACGACCAAGUUGGCGUGUUUGCUUGCAAAUGGUCUCACAAUACGGGGACAGGGAGGAGGAAUGGGGGAAAUGGAAAAAUUGGAGGAACUAUCAACGGUCUGUCUGGGUGGUGAUGGCUCACUUGCUGACAAUGUGGCAGGGCUUGUUAGAAAGUUGAUGCGGCUGCGGAUGCUUGGGGUGAGAUUUAGGAUUACGUAUAAUAAUACUGCAGAAGAAGCGGAACGGCAGGGCAUCAAGCAUUUGGUGGAGGAGGUGGGGAAAUCAAACUUGCAGUUCCUUUUUCUUGAUGAAUACCCUCAUCGUCUGCUCGACUUACUUGUUGACUGCUGGAGCCAUGUAAGGCCACGUUACCUGCGGAAAUUUGAGCUAAGAUUGGACUGGCUAUUGUGCCCCCUAAAAGUCCCACAGAAGAUCUCUUUGCUUGUUGACCUCACUCACUUGCAUAUCGGAGUUUCAAUAGUAGAUGCAGAAGGUGUCCGCGCCCUCGGGGGGCUGCCAAAGUUAGUCCUCCUAAAAUUGCAUUCACUGCGGCCACAACAUGUAUAUGGCCUCACCGGUGAACCACAAAGCCCAGCAAGGUUGUCCGUGAGCAGCAAGGAUGGCUUUCAGCGCCUCAAGGUGUUCUGGUACGUCUGCGAGCAUGGCGCUUGGACGGGGCUGCAGUUUGAAGAAGGCUCCAUGCCGCACCUCCGAAGGCUUCUCAUUGACUUCCAGUCAUCGGAGGAUACAGAUCACUUUGUGCUUGGUAUCCAGCAUUUCUCUUGUCUCGUGCAGGUCCGUGCCACCAUCUACUGUGAGCCUACUUCAACAACGGUUUCUGCCGCGGAGACCCACAUCAGAGACCAAGUGUCUCAGAACCCCAACAAUCCCCUACUGGAAUUCAACAGAAAACGUCGAGGCCGUUUGGUGAGGCGUCUAGGGCCGCUCUCUAAUGUGAAGAAGCAGCCAUCGGCGGUGAUUAAGAUCCGCAGCCUGGAUCACUGGACCAUGAUGAUCGAGCAGGAGGACAACAAGCUGCUCGUGAUUGAGUUCACCGCGAGCUGGUGCAGGGCAUCCGACACCAUAGCUCCCUUUUUUGCUCAUCUCGCCAACCAGUUUCCAGAUGCCAUUUUUCUCGAGGUUGAUAUUGAUGAUAUGAAGUAUAUUGCCGAGGCAUACAAAGUUGAUGGUGCGCCGAUGUUCCUGUUCAUGAACAGGCUAGAGGUUAAGGACACGCUUCGUGGCGCACACAAGGAUGAGCUGCUUGAGAAGAUUCAGCGGCAGAUGGCCCGGCUUGUGGACAAAUGAUACGGCGCUUGCUCCCCCCGGCAUUCAUAUCCUUGGUCGCCGGCCGUAUCAUGCAUCCGGCGUACACUGUUCCGUGAGCUGAUUUGAUCCUUUCUUUCGCUUGUUUGAUUUGGAUUUCAUCUUUAGGACAAAUUAUUGCCUAAUAAGGCCGUUUGAUUCCUUACAAUGUGUGUCCGUCAGACUGCAGUAAUGAUUAAUAGUCCUAAUAAUACUGUAAGCCCCGACAUUGUUUGCGUCUGUGGCAUAUUAA